UGCAUUUUAUCAAUCCUUCACUUGGUGAUGUUCCGCUUCGCCCUUAGUUGCUCCGCUAGUUAUGUGCAAAUGUUUUGUCUAGUUCCACGCUUGUGUUUUGCAAGUCUCUCAAUUGGUGAUGUUCCACCUCACUUUUGGAUGCUUCCACUUGUCGUAUGGGGUGAUAAUGGCGUUAAUGAUGAUGAUGCUGACAAUAGUGAUGAUGAGGACAAUGGGGAUGAUGAGGACAAUAAUGGUGAUGUGAAUCACUGGAAUCAGAAGACUGGGGAUGGAGAUAAUGAUGGUGAUAAUGAAACGUCGAAAUUGGUGCAAUCACCUCAAAAUGGUGAUAGUGAUCAUGGUGAUGACGAUGAUGAUGAUGAGGAUAAUGCUGAUCUGAAUCUUUGGAAUCAGAAGACUGGGGAUGGAGAUAAUGAUGGUGAUAAUGAAACGUCGAAAUUGGUGCAAUCACCUCAAAAUGGUGAUAGUGAUCAUGGUGAUGACGAUGAUGAUGAUGAGGAUAAUGCUGAUCUGAAUCUUUGGAAUCAGAAGACUGGGGAUGGAGAUAAUGAUGGUGAUAAUGAAACGUCGAAAUUGGUGCAAUCACCUCAAAAUGGUGAUAGUGAUCAUGGUGAUGACGAUGAUGAUGAUGAGGAUAAUGCUGAUCUGAAUCUUUGGAAUCAGAAGACUGGGGAUGGAGAUAAUGAUGGUGAUAAUGAAACGUCGAAAUUGGUGCAAUCACCUCAAAAUGGUGAUAGUGAUCAUGGUGAUGACGAUGAUGAUGAUGAGGAUAAUGCUGAUCUGAAUCUUUGGAAUCAGAAGACUGGGGAUGGAGAUAAUGAUGGUGAUAAUGAAACGUCGAAAUUGGUGCAAUCACCUCAAAAUGGUGAUAGUGAUCAUGGUGAUGACGAUGAUGAUGAUGAGGAUAAUGCUGAUCUGAAUCUUUGGAAUCAGAAGACUGGGGAUGGAGAUAAUGAUGGUGAUAAUGAAACGUCGAAAUUGGUGCAAUCACCUCAAAAUGGUGAUAGUGAUCAUGGUGAUGACGAUGAUGAUGAUGAGGAUAAUGCUGAUCUGAAUCUUUGGAAUCAGAAGACUGGGGAUGGAGAUAAUGAUGGUGAUAAUGAAACGUCGAAAUUGGUGCAAUCACCUCAAAAUGGUGAUAGUGAUCAUGGUGAUGACGAUGAUGAUGAUGAGGAUAAUGCUGAUCUGAAUCUUUGGAAUCAGAAGACUGGGGAUGGAGAUAAUGAUGGUGAUAAUGAAACGUCGAAAUUGGUGCAAUCACCUCAAAAUGGUGAUAGUGAUCAUGGUGAUGACGAUGAUGAUGAUGAGGAUAAUGCUGAUCUGAAUCUUUGGAAUCAGAAGACUGGGGAUGGAGAUAAUGAUGGUGAUAAUGAAACGUCGAAAUUGGUGCAAUCACCUCAAAAUGGUGAUAGUGAUCAUGGUGAUGACGAUGAUGAUGAUGAGGAUAAUGCUGAUCUGAAUCUUUGGAAUCAGAAGACUGGGGAUGGAGAUAAUGAUGGUGAUAAUGAAACGUCGAAAUUGGUGCAAUCACCUCAAAAUGGUGAUAGUGAUCAUGGUGAUGACGAUGAUGAUGAUGAGGAUAAUGCUGAUCUGAAUCUUUGGAAUCAGAAGACUGGGGAUGGAGAUAAUGAUGGUGAUAAUGAAACGUCGAAAUUGGUGCAAUCACCUCAAAAUGGUGAUAGUGAUCAUGGUGAUGACGAUGAUGAUGAUGAGGAUAAUGCUGAUCUGAAUCUUUGGAAUCAGAAGACUGGGGAUGGAGAUAAUGAUGGUGAUAAUGAAACGUCGAAAUUGGUGCAAUCACCUCAAAAUGGUGAUAGUGAUCAUGGUGAUGACGAUGAUGAUGAUGAGGAUAAUGCUGAUCUGAAUCUUUGGAAUCAGAAGACUGGGGAUGGAGAUAAUGAUGGUGAUAAUGAAACGUCGAAAUUGGUGCAAUCACCUCAAAAUGGUGAUAGUGAUCAUGGUGAUGACGAUGAUGAUGAUGAGGAUAAUGCUGAUCUGAAUCUUUGGAAUCAGAAGACUGGGGAUGGAGAUAAUGAUGGUGAUAAUGAAACGUCGAAAUUGGUGCAAUCACCUCAAAAUGGUGAUAGUGAUCAUGGUGAUGACGAUGAUGAUGAUGAGGAUAAUGCUGAUCUGAAUCUUUGGAAUCAGAAGACUGGGGAUGGAGAUAAUGAUGGUGAUAAUGAAACGUCGAAAUUGGUGCAAUCACCUCAAAAUGGUGAUAGUGAUCAUGGUGAUGACGAUGAUGAUGAUGAGGAUAAUGCUGAUCUGAAUCUUUGGAAUCAGAAGACUGGGGAUGGAGAUAAUGAUGGUGAUAAUGAAACGUCGAAAUUGGUGCAAUCACCUCAAAAUGGUGAUAGUGAUCAUGGUGAUGACGAUGAUGAUGAUGAGGAUAAUGCUGAUCUGAAUCUUUGGAAUCAGAAGACUGGGGAUGGAGAUAAUGAUGGUGAUAAUGAAACGUCGAAAUUGGUGCAAUCACCUCAAAAUGGUGAUAGUGAUCAUGGUGAUGACGAUGAUGAUGAUGAGGAUAAUGCUGAUCUGAAUCUUUGGAAUCAGAAGACUGGGGAUGGAGAUAAUGAUGGUGAUAAUGAAACGUCGAAAUUGGUGCAAUCACCUCAAAAUGGUGAUAGUGAUCAUGGUGAUGACGAUGAUGAUGAUGAGGAUAAUGCUGAUCUGAAUCUUUGGAAUCAGAAGACUGGGGAUGGAGAUAAUGAUGGUGAUAAUGAAACGUCGAAAUUGGUGCAAUCACCUCAAAAUGGUGAUAGUGAUCAUGGUGAUGACGAUGAUGAUGAUGAGGAUAAUGCUGAUCUGAAUCUUUGGAAUCAGAAGACUGGGGAUGGAGAUAAUGAUGGUGAUAAUGAAACGUCGAAAUUGGUGCAAUCACCUCAAAAUGGUGAUAGUGAUCAUGGUGAUGACGAUGAUGAUGAUGAGGAUAAUGCUGAUCUGAAUCUUUGGAAUCAGAAGACUGGGGAUGGAGAUAAUGAUGGUGAUAAUGAAACGUCGAAAUUGGUGCAAUCACCUCAAAAUGGUGAUAGUGAUCAUGGUGAUGACGAUGAUGAUGAUGAGGAUAAUGCUGAUCUGAAUCUUUGGAAUCAGAAGACUGGGGAUGGAGAUAAUGAUGGUGAUAAUGAAACGUCGAAAUUGGUGCAAUCACCUCAAAAUGGUGAUAGUGAUCAUGGUGAUGACGAUGAUGAUGAUGAGGAUAAUGCUGAUCUGAAUCUUUGGAAUCAGAAGACUGGGGAUGGAGAUAAUGAUGGUGAUAAUGAAACGUCGAAAUUGGUGCAAUCACCUCAAAAUGGUGAUAGUGAUCAUGGUGAUGACGAUGAUGAUGAUGAGGAUAAUGCUGAUCUGAAUCUUUGGAAUCAGAAGACUGGGGAUGGAGAUAAUGAUGGUGAUAAUGAAACGUCGAAAUUGGUGCAAUCACCUCAAAAUGGUGAUAGUGAUCAUGGUGAUGACGAUGAUGAUGAUGAGGAUAAUGCUGAUCUGAAUCUUUGGAAUCAGAAGACUGGGGAUGGAGAUAAUGAUGGUGAUAAUGAAACGUCGAAAUUGGUGCAAUCACCUCAAAAUGGUGAUAGUGAUCAUGGUGAUGACGAUGAUGAUGAUGAGGAUAAUGCUGAUCUGAAUCUUUGGAAUCAGAAGACUGGGGAUGGAGAUAAUGAUGGUGAUAAUGAAACGUCGAAAUUGGUGCAAUCACCUCAAAAUGGUGAUAGUGAUCAUGGUGAUGACGAUGAUGAUGAUGAGGAUAAUGCUGAUCUGAAUCUUUGGAAUCAGAAGACUGGGGAUGGAGAUAAUGAUGGUGAUAAUGAAACGUCGAAAUUGGUGCAAUCACCUCAAAAUGGUGAUAGUGAUCAUGGUGAUGACGAUGAUGAUGAUGAGGAUAAUGCUGAUCUGAAUCUUUGGAAUCAGAAGACUGGGGAUGGAGAUAAUGAUGGUGAUAAUGAAACGUCGAAAUUGGAUAAUGCUGAUCUGAAUCUUUGGAAUCAGAAGACUGGGGAUGGAGAUAAUGAUGGUGAUAAUGAAACGUCGAAAUUGGUGCAAUCACCUCAAAAUGGUGAUAGUGAUCAUGGUGAUGACGAUGAUGAUGAUGAGGAUAAUGCUGAUCUGAAUCUUUGGAAUCAGAAGACUGGGGAUGGAGAUAAUGAUGGUGAUAAUGAAACGUCGAAAUUGGUGCAAUCACCUCAAAAUGGUGAUAGUGAUCAUGGUGAUGACGAUGAUGAUGAUGAGGAUAAUGCUGAUCUGAAUCUUUGGAAUCAGAAGACUGGGGAUGGAGAUAAUGAUGGUGAUAAUGAAACGUCGAAAUUGGUGCAAUCACCUCAAAAUGGUGAUAGUGAUCAUGGUGAUGACGAUGAUGAUGAUGAGGAUAAUGCUGAUCUGAAUCUUUGGAAUCAGAAGACUGGGGAUGGAGAUAAUGAUGGUGAUAAUGAAACGUCGAAAUUGGUGCAAUCACCUCAAAAUGGUGAUAGUGAUCAUGGUGAUGACGAUGAUGAUGAUGAGGAUAAUGCUGAUCUGAAUCUUUGGAAUCAGAAGACUGGGGAUGGAGAUAAUGAUGGUGAUAAUGAAACGUCGAAAUUGGUGCAAUCACCUCAAAAUGGUGAUAGUGAUCAUGGUGAUGACGAUGAUGAUGAUGAGGAUAAUGCUGAUCUGAAUCUUUGGAAUCAGAAGACUGGGGAUGGAGAUAAUGAUGGUGAUAAUGAAACGUCGAAAUUGGUGCAAUCACCUCAAAAUGGUGAUAGUGAUCAUGGUGAUGACGAUGAUGAUGAUGAGGAUAAUGCUGAUCUGAAUCUUUGGAAUCAGAAGACUGGGGAUGGAGAUAAUGAUGGUGAUAAUGAAACGUCGAAAUUGGUGCAAUCACCUCAAAAUGGUGAUAGUGAUCAUGGUGAUGACGAUGAUGAUGAUGAGGAUAAUGCUGAUCUGAAUCUUUGGAAUCAGAAGACUGGGGAUGGAGAUAAUGAUGGUGAUAAUGAAACGUCGAAAUUGGUGCAAUCACCUCAAAAUGGUGAUAGUGAUCAUGGUGAUGACGAUGAUGAUGAUGAGGAUAAUGCUGAUCUGAAUCUUUGGAAUCAGAAGACUGGGGAUGGAGAUAAUGAUGGUGAUAAUGAAACGUCGAAAUUGGUGCAAUCACCUCAAAAUGGUGAUAGUGAUCAUGGUGAUGACGAUGAUGAUGAUGAGGAUAAUGCUGAUCUGAAUCUUUGGAAUCAGAAGACUGGGGAUGGAGAUAAUGAUGGUGAUAAUGAAACGUCGAAAUUGGUGCAAUCACCUCAAAAUGGUGAUAGUGAUCAUGGUGAUGACGAUGAUGAUGAUGAGGAUAAUGCUGAUCUGAAUCUUUGGAAUCAGAAGACUGGGGAUGGAGAUAAUGAUGGUGAUAAUGAAACGUCGAAAUUGGUGCAAUCACCUCAAAAUGGUGAUAGUGAUCAUGGUGAUGACGAUGAUGAUGAUGAGGAUAAUGCUGAUCUGAAUCUUUGGAAUCAGAAGACUGGGGAUGGAGAUAAUGAUGGUGAUAAUGAAACGUCGAAAUUGGUGCAAUCACCUCAAAAUGGUGAUAGUGAUCAUGGUGAUGACGAUGAUGAUGAUGAGGAUAAUGCUGAUCUGAAUCUUUGGAAUCAGAAGACUGGGGAUGGAGAUAAUGAUGGUGAUAAUGAAACGUCGAAAUUGGUGCAAUCACCUCAAAAUGGUGAUAGUGAUCAUGGUGAUGACGAUGAUGAUGAUGAGGAUAAUGCUGAUCUGAAUCUUUGGAAUCAGAAGACUGGGGAUGGAGAUAAUGAUGGUGAUAAUGAAACGUCGAAAUUGGUGCAAUCACCUCAAAAUGGUGAUAGUGAUCAUGGUGAUGACGAUGAUGAUGAUGAGGAUAAUGCUGAUCUGAAUCUUUGGAAUCAGAAGACUGGGGAUGGAGAUAAUGAUGGUGAUAAUGAAACGUCGAAAUUGGUGCAAUCACCUCAAAAUGGUGAUAGUGAUCAUGGUGAUGACGAUGAUGAUGAUGAGGAUAAUGCUGAUCUGAAUCUUUGGAAUCAGAAGACUGGGGAUGGAGAUAAUGAUGGUGAUAAUGAAACGUCGAAAUUGGUGCAAUCACCUCAAAAUGGUGAUAGUGAUCAUGGUGAUGACGAUGAUGAUGAUGAGGAUAAUGCUGAUCUGAAUCUUUGGAAUCAGAAGACUGGGGAUGGAGAUAAUGAUGGUGAUAAUGAAACGUCGAAAUUGGUGCAAUCACCUCAAAAUGGUGAUAGUGAUCAUGGUGAUGACGAUGAUGAUGAUGAGGAUAAUGCUGAUCUGAAUCUUUGGAAUCAGAAGACUGGGGAUGGAGAUAAUGAUGGUGAUAAUGAAACGUCGAAAUUGGUGCAAUCACCUCAAAAUGGUGAUAGUGAUCAUGGUGAUGACGAUGAUGAUGAUGAGGAUAAUGCUGAUCUGAAUCUUUGGAAUCAGAAGACUGGGGAUGGAGAUAAUGAUGGUGAUAAUGAAACGUCGAAAUUGGUGCAAUCACCUCAAAAUGGUGAUAGUGAUCAUGGUGAUGACGAUGAUGAUGAUGAGGAUAAUGCUGAUCUGAAUCUUUGGAAUCAGAAGACUGGGGAUGGAGAUAAUGAUGGUGAUAAUGAAACGUCGAAAUUGGUGCAAUCACCUCAAAAUGGUGAUAGUGAUCAUGGUGAUGACGAUGAUGAUGAUGAGGAUAAUGCUGAUCUGAAUCUUUGGAAUCAGAAGACUGGGGAUGGAGAUAAUGAUGGUGAUAAUGAAACGUCGAAAUUGGUGCAAUCACCUCAAAAUGGUGAUAGUGAUCAUGGUGAUGACGAUGAUGAUGAUGAGGAUAAUGCUGAUCUGAAUCUUUGGAAUCAGAAGACUGGGGAUGGAGAUAAUGAUGGUGAUAAUGAAACGUCGAAAUUGGUGCAAUCACCUCAAAAUGGUGAUAGUGAUCAUGGUGAUGACGAUGAUGAUGAUGAGGAUAAUGCUGAUCUGAAUCUUUGGAAUCAGAAGACUGGGGAUGGAGAUAAUGAUGGUGAUAAUGAAACGUCGAAAUUGGUGCAAUCACCUCAAAAUGGUGAUAGUGAUCAUGGUGAUGACGAUGAUGAUGAUGAGGAUAAUGCUGAUCUGAAUCUUUGGAAUCAGAAGACUGGGGAUGGAGAUAAUGAUGGUGAUAAUGAAACGUCGAAAUUGGUGCAAUCACCUCAAAAUGGUGAUAGUGAUCAUGGUGAUGACGAUGAUGAUGAUGAGGAUAAUGCUGAUCUGAAUCUUUGGAAUCAGAAGACUGGGGAUGGAGAUAAUGAUGGUGAUAAUGAAACGUCGAAAUUGGUGCAAUCACCUCAAAAUGGUGAUAGUGAUCAUGGUGAUGACGAUGAUGAUGAUGAGGAUAAUGCUGAUCUGAAUCUUUGGAAUCAGAAGACUGGGGAUGGAGAUAAUGAUGGUGAUAAUGAAACGUCGAAAUUGGUGCAAUCACCUCAAAAUGGUGAUAGUGAUCAUGGUGAUGACGAUGAUGAUGAUGAGGAUAAUGCUGAUCUGAAUCUUUGGAAUCAGAAGACUGGGGAUGGAGAUAAUGAUGGUGAUAAUGAAACGUCGAAAUUGGUGCAAUCACCUCAAAAUGGUGAUAGUGAUCAUGGUGAUGACGAUGAUGAUGAUGAGGAUAAUGCUGAUCUGAAUCUUUGGAAUCAGAAGACUGGGGAUGGAGAUAAUGAUGGUGAUAAUGAAACGUCGAAAUUGGUGCAAUCACCUCAAAAUGGUGAUAGUGAUCAUGGUGAUGACGAUGAUGAUGAUGAGGAUAAUGCUGAUCUGAAUCUUUGGAAUCAGAAGACUGGGGAUGGAGAUAAUGAUGGUGAUAAUGAAACGUCGAAAUUGGUGCAAUCACCUCAAAAUGGUGAUAGUGAUCAUGGUGAUGACGAUGAUGAUGAUGAGGAUAAUGCUGAUCUGAAUCUUUGGAAUCAGAAGACUGGGGAUGGAGAUAAUGAUGGUGAUAAUGAAACGUCGAAAUUGGUGCAAUCACCUCAAAAUGGUGAUAGUGAUCAUGGUGAUGACGAUGAUGAUGAUGAGGAUAAUGCUGAUCUGAAUCUUUGGAAUCAGAAGACUGGGGAUGGAGAUAAUGAUGGUGAUAAUGAAACGUCGAAAUUGGUGCAAUCACCUCAAAAUGGUGAUAGUGAUCAUGGUGAUGACGAUGAUGAUGAUGAGGAUAAUGCUGAUCUGAAUCUUUGGAAUCAGAAGACUGGGGAUGGAGAUAAUGAUGGUGAUAAUGAAACGUCGAAAUUGGUGCAAUCACCUCAAAAUGGUGAUAGUGAUCAUGGUGAUGACGAUGAUGAUGAUGAGGAUAAUGCUGAUCUGAAUCUUUGGAAUCAGAAGACUGGGGAUGGAGAUAAUGAUGGUGAUAAUGAAACGUCGAAAUUGGUGCAAUCACCUCAAAAUGGUGAUAGUGAUCAUGGUGAUGACGAUGAUGAUGAUGAGGAUAAUGCUGAUCUGAAUCUUUGGAAUCAGAAGACUGGGGAUGGAGAUAAUGAUGGUGAUAAUGAAACGUCGAAAUUGGUGCAAUCACCUCAAAAUGGUGAUAGUGAUCAUGGUGAUGACGAUGAUGAUGAUGAGGAUAAUGCUGAUCUGAAUCUUUGGAAUCAGAAGACUGGGGAUGGAGAUAAUGAUGGUGAUAAUGAAACGUCGAAAUUGGUGCAAUCACCUCAAAAUGGUGAUAGUGAUCAUGGUGAUGACGAUGAUGAUGAUGAGGAUAAUGCUGAUCUGAAUCUUUGGAAUCAGAAGACUGGGGAUGGAGAUAAUGAUGGUGAUAAUGAAACGUCGAAAUUGGUGCAAUCACCUCAAAAUGGUGAUAGUGAUCAUGGUGAUGACGAUGAUGAUGAUGAGGAUAAUGCUGAUCUGAAUCUUUGGAAUCAGAAGACUGGGGAUGGAGAUAAUGAUGGUGAUAAUGAAACGUCGAAAUUGGUGCAAUCACCUCAAAAUGGUGAUAGUGAUCAUGGUGAUGACGAUGAUGAUGAUGAGGAUAAUGCUGAUCUGAAUCUUUGGAAUCAGAAGACUGGGGAUGGAGAUAAUGAUGGUGAUAAUGAAACGUCGAAAUUGGUGCAAUCACCUCAAAAUGGUGAUAGUGAUCAUGGUGAUGACGAUGAUGAUGAUGAGGAUAAUGCUGAUCUGAAUCUUUGGAAUCAGAAGACUGGGGAUGGAGAUAAUGAUGGUGAUAAUGAAACGUCGAAAUUGGUGCAAUCACCUCAAAAUGGUGAUAGUGAUCAUGGUGAUGACGAUGAUGAUGAUGAGGAUAAUGCUGAUCUGAAUCUUUGGAAUCAGAAGACUGGGGAUGGAGAUAAUGAUGGUGAUAAUGAAACGUCGAAAUUGGUGCAAUCACCUCAAAAUGGUGAUAGUGAUCAUGGUGAUGACGAUGAUGAUGAUGAGGAUAAUGCUGAUCUGAAUCUUUGGAAUCAGAAGACUGGGGAUGGAGAUAAUGAUGGUGAUAAUGAAACGUCGAAAUUGGUGCAAUCACCUCAAAAUGGUGAUAGUGAUCAUGGUGAUGACGAUGAUGAUGAUGAGGAUAAUGCUGAUCUGAAUCUUUGGAAUCAGAAGACUGGGGAUGGAGAUAAUGAUGGUGAUAAUGAAACGUCGAAAUUGGUGCAAUCACCUCAAAAUGGUGAUAGUGAUCAUGGUGAUGACGAUGAUGAUGAUGAGGAUAAUGCUGAUCUGAAUCUUUGGAAUCAGAAGACUGGGGAUGGAGAUAAUGAUGGUGAUAAUGAAACGUCGAAAUUGGUGCAAUCACCUCAAAAUGGUGAUAGUGAUCAUGGUGAUGACGAUGAUGAUGAUGAGGAUAAUGCUGAUCUGAAUCUUUGGAAUCAGAAGACUGGGGAUGGAGAUAAUGAUGGUGAUAAUGAAACGUCGAAAUUGGUGCAAUCACCUCAAAAUGGUGAUAGUGAUCAUGGUGAUGACGAUGAUGAUGAUGAGGAUAAUGCUGAUCUGAAUCUUUGGAAUCAGAAGACUGGGGAUGGAGAUAAUGAUGGUGAUAAUGAAACGUCGAAAUUGGUGCAAUCACCUCAAAAUGGUGAUAGUGAUCAUGGUGAUGACGAUGAUGAUGAUGAGGAUAAUGCUGAUCUGAAUCUUUGGAAUCAGAAGACUGGGGAUGGAGAUAAUGAUGGUGAUAAUGAAACGUCGAAAUUGGUGCAAUCACCUCAAAAUGGUGAUAGUGAUCAUGGUGAUGACGAUGAUGAUGAUGAGGAUAAUGCUGAUCUGAAUCUUUGGAAUCAGAAGACUGGGGAUGGAGAUAAUGAUGGUGAUAAUGAAACGUCGAAAUUGGUGCAAUCACCUCAAAAUGGUGAUAGUGAUCAUGGUGAUGACGAUGAUGAUGAUGAGGAUAAUGCUGAUCUGAAUCUUUGGAAUCAGAAGACUGGGGAUGGAGAUAAUGAUGGUGAUAAUGAAACGUCGAAAUUGGUGCAAUCACCUCAAAAUGGUGAUAGUGAUCAUGGUGAUGACGAUGAUGAUGAUGAGGAUAAUGCUGAUCUGAAUCUUUGGAAUCAGAAGACUGGGGAUGGAGAUAAUGAUGGUGAUAAUGAAACGUCGAAAUUGGUGCAAUCACCUCAAAAUGGUGAUAGUGAUCAUGGUGAUGACGAUGAUGAUGAUGAGGAUAAUGCUGAUCUGAAUCUUUGGAAUCAGAAGACUGGGGAUGGAGAUAAUGAUGGUGAUAAUGAAACGUCGAAAUUGGUGCAAUCACCUCAAAAUGGUGAUAGUGAUCAUGGUGAUGACGAUGAUGAUGAUGAGGAUAAUGCUGAUCUGAAUCUUUGGAAUCAGAAGACUGGGGAUGGAGAUAAUGAUGGUGAUAAUGAAACGUCGAAAUUGGUGCAAUCACCUCAAAAUGGUGAUAGUGAUCAUGGUGAUGACGAUGAUGAUGAUGAGGAUAAUGCUGAUCUGAAUCUUUGGAAUCAGAAGACUGGGGAUGGAGAUAAUGAUGGUGAUAAUGAAACGUCGAAAUUGGUGCAAUCACCUCAAAAUGGUGAUAGUGAUCAUGGUGAUGACGAUGAUGAUGAUGAGGAUAAUGCUGAUCUGAAUCUUUGGAAUCAGAAGACUGGGGAUGGAGAUAAUGAUGGUGAUAAUGAAACGUCGAAAUUGGUGCAAUCACCUCAAAAUGGUGAUAGUGAUCAUGGUGAUGACGAUGAUGAUGAUGAGGAUAAUGCUGAUCUGAAUCUUUGGAAUCAGAAGACUGGGGAUGGAGAUAAUGAUGGUGAUAAUGAAACGUCGAAAUUGGUGCAAUCACCUCAAAAUGGUGAUAGUGAUCAUGGUGAUGACGAUGAUGAUGAUGAGGAUAAUGCUGAUCUGAAUCUUUGGAAUCAGAAGACUGGGGAUGGAGAUAAUGAUGGUGAUAAUGAAACGUCGAAAUUGGUGCAAUCACCUCAAAAUGGUGAUAGUGAUCAUGGUGAUGACGAUGAUGAUGAUGAGGAUAAUGCUGAUCUGAAUCUUUGGAAUCAGAAGACUGGGGAUGGAGAUAAUGAUGGUGAUAAUGAAACGUCGAAAUUGGUGCAAUCACCUCAAAAUGGUGAUAGUGAUCAUGGUGAUGACGAUGAUGAUGAUGAGGAUAAUGCUGAUCUGAAUCUUUGGAAUCAGAAGACUGGGGAUGGAGAUAAUGAUGGUGAUAAUGAAACGUCGAAAUUGGUGCAAUCACCUCAAAAUGGUGAUAGUGAUCAUGGUGAUGACGAUGAUGAUGAUGAGGAUAAUGCUGAUCUGAAUCUUUGGAAUCAGAAGACUGGGGAUGGAGAUAAUGAUGGUGAUAAUGAAACGUCGAAAUUGGUGCAAUCACCUCAAAAUGGUGAUAGUGAUCAUGGUGAUGACGAUGAUGAUGAUGAGGAUAAUGCUGAUCUGAAUCUUUGGAAUCAGAAGACUGGGGAUGGAGAUAAUGAUGGUGAUAAUGAAACGUCGAAAUUGGUGCAAUCACCUCAAAAUGGUGAUAGUGAUCAUGGUGAUGACGAUGAUGAUGAUGAGGAUAAUGCUGAUCUGAAUCUUUGGAAUCAGAAGACUGGGGAUGGAGAUAAUGAUGGUGAUAAUGAAACGUCGAAAUUGGUGCAAUCACCUCAAAAUGGUGAUAGUGAUCAUGGUGAUGACGAUGAUGAUGAUGAGGAUAAUGCUGAUCUGAAUCUUUGGAAUCAGAAGACUGGGGAUGGAGAUAAUGAUGGUGAUAAUGAAACGUCGAAAUUGGUGCAAUCACCUCAAAAUGGUGAUAGUGAUCAUGGUGAUGACGAUGAUGAUGAUGAGGAUAAUGCUGAUCUGAAUCUUUGGAAUCAGAAGACUGGGGAUGGAGAUAAUGAUGGUGAUAAUGAAACGUCGAAAUUGGUGCAAUCACCUCAAAAUGGUGAUAGUGAUCAUGGUGAUGACGAUGAUGAUGAUGAGGAUAAUGCUGAUCUGAAUCUUUGGAAUCAGAAGACUGGGGAUGGAGAUAAUGAUGGUGAUAAUGAAACGUCGAAAUUGGUGCAAUCACCUCAAAAUGGUGAUAGUGAUCAUGGUGAUGACGAUGAUGAUGAUGAGGAUAAUGCUGAUCUGAAUCUUUGGAAUCAGAAGACUGGGGAUGGAGAUAAUGAUGGUGAUAAUGAAACGUCGAAAUUGGUGCAAUCACCUCAAAAUGGUGAUAGUGAUCAUGGUGAUGACGAUGAUGAUGAUGAGGAUAAUGCUGAUCUGAAUCUUUGGAAUCAGAAGACUGGGGAUGGAGAUAAUGAUGGUGAUAAUGAAACGUCGAAAUUGGUGCAAUCACCUCAAAAUGGUGAUAGUGAUCAUGGUGAUGACGAUGAUGAUGAUGAGGAUAAUGCUGAUCUGAAUCUUUGGAAUCAGAAGACUGGGGAUGGAGAUAAUGAUGGUGAUAAUGAAACGUCGAAAUUGGUGCAAUCACCUCAAAAUGGUGAUAGUGAUCAUGGUGAUGACGAUGAUGAUGAUGAGGAUAAUGCUGAUCUGAAUCUUUGGAAUCAGAAGACUGGGGAUGGAGAUAAUGAUGGUGAUAAUGAAACGUCGAAAUUGGUGCAAUCACCUCAAAAUGGUGAUAGUGAUCAUGGUGAUGACGAUGAUGAUGAUGAGGAUAAUGCUGAUCUGAAUCUUUGGAAUCAGAAGACUGGGGAUGGAGAUAAUGAUGGUGAUAAUGAAACGUCGAAAUUGGUGCAAUCACCUCAAAAUGGUGAUAGUGAUCAUGGUGAUGACGAUGAUGAUGAUGAGGAUAAUGCUGAUCUGAAUCUUUGGAAUCAGAAGACUGGGGAUGGAGAUAAUGAUGGUGAUAAUGAAACGUCGAAAUUGGUGCAAUCACCUCAAAAUGGUGAUAGUGAUCAUGGUGAUGACGAUGAUGAUGAUGAGGAUAAUGCUGAUCUGAAUCUUUGGAAUCAGAAGACUGGGGAUGGAGAUAAUGAUGGUGAUAAUGAAACGUCGAAAUUGGUGCAAUCACCUCAAAAUGGUGAUAGUGAUCAUGGUGAUGACGAUGAUGAUGAUGAGGAUAAUGCUGAUCUGAAUCUUUGGAAUCAGAAGACUGGGGAUGGAGAUAAUGAUGGUGAUAAUGAAACGUCGAAAUUGGUGCAAUCACCUCAAAAUGGUGAUAGUGAUCAUGGUGAUGACGAUGAUGAUGAUGAGGAUAAUGCUGAUCUGAAUCUUUGGAAUCAGAAGACUGGGGAUGGAGAUAAUGAUGGUGAUAAUGAAACGUCGAAAUUGGUGCAAUCACCUCAAAAUGGUGAUAGUGAUCAUGGUGAUGACGAUGAUGAUGAUGAGGAUAAUGCUGAUCUGAAUCUUUGGAAUCAGAAGACUGGGGAUGGAGAUAAUGAUGGUGAUAAUGAAACGUCGAAAUUGGUGCAAUCACCUCAAAAUGGUGAUAGUGAUCAUGGUGAUGACGAUGAUGAUGAUGAGGAUAAUGCUGAUCUGAAUCUUUGGAAUCAGAAGACUGGGGAUGGAGAUAAUGAUGGUGAUAAUGAAACGUCGAAAUUGGUGCAAUCACCUCAAAAUGGUGAUAGUGAUCAUGGUGAUGACGAUGAUGAUGAUGAGGAUAAUGCUGAUCUGAAUCUUUGGAAUCAGAAGACUGGGGAUGGAGAUAAUGAUGGUGAUAAUGAAACGUCGAAAUUGGUGCAAUCACCUCAAAAUGGUGAUAGUGAUCAUGGUGAUGACGAUGAUGAUGAUGAGGAUAAUGCUGAUCUGAAUCUUUGGAAUCAGAAGACUGGGGAUGGAGAUAAUGAUGGUGAUAAUGAAACGUCGAAAUUGGUGCAAUCACCUCAAAAUGGUGAUAGUGAUCAUGGUGAUGACGAUGAUGAUGAUGAGGAUAAUGCUGAUCUGAAUCUUUGGAAUCAGAAGACUGGGGAUGGAGAUAAUGAUGGUGAUAAUGAAACGUCGAAAUUGGUGCAAUCACCUCAAAAUGGUGAUAGUGAUCAUGGUGAUGACGAUGAUGAUGAUGAGGAUAAUGCUGAUCUGAAUCUUUGGAAUCAGAAGACUGGGGAUGGAGAUAAUGAUGGUGAUAAUGAAACGUCGAAAUUGGUGCAAUCACCUCAAAAUGGUGAUAGUGAUCAUGGUGAUGACGAUGAUGAUGAUGAGGAUAAUGCUGAUCUGAAUCUUUGGAAUCAGAAGACUGGGGAUGGAGAUAAUGAUGGUGAUAAUGAAACGUCGAAAUUGGUGCAAUCACCUCAAAAUGGUGAUAGUGAUCAUGGUGAUGACGAUGAUGAUGAUGAGGAUAAUGCUGAUCUGAAUCUUUGGAAUCAGAAGACUGGGGAUGGAGAUAAUGAUGGUGAUAAUGAAACGUCGAAAUUGGUGCAAUCACCUCAAAAUGGUGAUAGUGAUCAUGGUGAUGACGAUGAUGAUGAUGAGGAUAAUGCUGAUCUGAAUCUUUGGAAUCAGAAGACUGGGGAUGGAGAUAAUGAUGGUGAUAAUGAAACGUCGAAAUUGGUGCAAUCACCUCAAAAUGGUGAUAGUGAUCAUGGUGAUGACGAUGAUGAUGAUGAGGAUAAUGCUGAUCUGAAUCUUUGGAAUCAGAAGACUGGGGAUGGAGAUAAUGAUGGUGAUAAUGAAACGUCGAAAUUGGUGCAAUCACCUCAAAAUGGUGAUAGUGAUCAUGGUGAUGACGAUGAUGAUGAUGAGGAUAAUGCUGAUCUGAAUCUUUGGAAUCAGAAGACUGGGGAUGGAGAUAAUGAUGGUGAUAAUGAAACGUCGAAAUUGGUGCAAUCACCUCAAAAUGGUGAUAGUGAUCAUGGUGAUGACGAUGAUGAUGAUGAGGAUAAUGCUGAUCUGAAUCUUUGGAAUCAGAAGACUGGGGAUGGAGAUAAUGAUGGUGAUAAUGAAACGUCGAAAUUGGUGCAAUCACCUCAAAAUGGUGAUAGUGAUCAUGGUGAUGACGAUGAUGAUGAUGAGGAUAAUGCUGAUCUGAAUCUUUGGAAUCAGAAGACUGGGGAUGGAGAUAAUGAUGGUGAUAAUGAAACGUCGAAAUUGGUGCAAUCACCUCAAAAUGGUGAUAGUGAUCAUGGUGAUGACGAUGAUGAUGAUGAGGAUAAUGCUGAUCUGAAUCUUUGGAAUCAGAAGACUGGGGAGGAAGAGAGGGAAGGUGAGAACGCAGGUCUGGGCGGUACAGUCGUCCAUUGGGAUAAGAAGAGAAGCGACGCCAGGAGAAUGGAUUUCAAAGAUUCCAAGGACAUGAAAGGCAGCGAGCAGGAGGGUGAAGAGAACAGUGUUGAAAAAGCUCGUAACGGGCAGGGUUGGAGGCAGGGUAGGAGACGGGAUUGGAGAAUUCCCUGGUUGGGAACAGCAGCAGCAGCCAGCGUUAGCGCUGCGCUAUUUCGGUUUCAGCACAGCGCUAAGGGCUGCAGCGCUAAGCUUAGCGCACUGCCGCCUAGGAGGAGCGAGGAGGAGCGAGGAGGAGUGAGGAGGACUUACCUGGCAGACAGCGAGGCGCCAUAGCUCCAGCGACUUGUAGUAGGCCUCCCGCCACAGCCAAGGCGCCAUGUUACAUAC